ACAGAGACUGCGCACUAAAAAAAAAAAAAAAAAAAAAGACUUCCGUCAUUGUAAUGGCUGCAUGGAUAUUUUGAAUAUAUCAGCACUUUCUCUCAGUAAAAACUAAUAAAAUGGAGAUCGAUGUCACCGCAGAAGAUGUCACUCACCUCCCUAGUCUUGAUUACAAGUUGAAUGUCUGCCUAGUUAAUAUUUCUAGGGAAAUAACAGACGAGGACUUAGAUAUCAUGAAAUGUCUGAUUUCAGGCGAACAAGGAUCUCCAAGAGGUGUUCUAGAGAAAAUAACCACUGCUUUAAAAUUGUUCGAACACCUGAAAGGACGAUGUCUACUUUCAAGGGACAAUAUCCUAUGCCUCCAGGCAAUGUUGUACCAUGCUCGACGCAUUGAUCUUUUCAAAGAAUUGCUUGCAUUUGCGGAAGAAAGAGGAGACACAUUACACUGUUAUCCAGAAUCUGAUAGACCAGUAAAUGGUUACAAAUAUGUAAGAUUCCAUGUAGCUGGAACAAAAAGUAAUAACAGAAGCACAUUAGAAGCCAUACGAUCGGCCGCUAGUACGUAUAUGAAUGUACCUUCUCAUUUUGUAACAGUUCAGGGGAUCCAAGCUACUCAAAGCUACUUGAUAACAUUUAUGGUACCAGAGCACUGCAUAGAAUAUGUGACCAGAUUAAAACCAUCCGAAAAACAGUGCUUACUAUCUCUUGGUGUGGAUUUUAUAGUUGUUGAGGGCAAAACUAUUACGUUACAAGAUGCAAAGCUCGACAAAAAACCUAUACCAGGUAUACAACUGAAUGAAGAACUACAAUAUUACUUUAAAAGAAAUGUCACUCUUCAAAAACAAUUAGAACAAUACCAACUCAACGAAAUUAAUGCUGGAUUUAAACUAACGACUGCUUUAUCUAGAUCACUGACACUGCUCUUAACAUUUCUUUUCAAUAUGGUAAAAUAUAGGUCGACAAAGUUUGUAGAUUCAAUAUCGGUACAAAGUGCACAUAAUUAUUUCCAACAUAGUUUGGAGAAAGUUAAAGGUUUGGGCUAUGAUGUACACGUUAUUCAGUCAUUGUUAGAAGCACAGAGCAUAAUUGUUAGAAAACAGAAACUAGAAGAACAUCGACUUUUGAUUCAACAACAACAGUAUCAAAUUCGGAAUUUAGAACAUGUUGCAAGAGUUGUACAAUAUGAAAGAGAUAAACUAAAAUACUUUCUAGGGCUGAGUGUCCACGAAGAAGUACUUUCUAGAAACGACCAAUUUUUUAUUCAUGGUAUUAUGGAAGCCUUGCCUAGUAUAUCUGUUAAGUAUGGAUUAGGUAUACUGGUAGACCUACAACAACUGAGGCCUUAUUUAGAAGAGGCGAGUACAUUUCUGACCAAGGCAGAUAGAAAACGUCUGACGCAAACGUUUGAAAUUAACCAAAAUGAAGAAAAAAUGUUUCACCUAGAGAACCAUUGCUUCAUAGAAGCUUUGGUGACAGUUGAACAACUAAGAAGUGGUAGUCUUCUUGACAUUGACUCAUUUGGACGAAAAUUGGUUUCGAUGGUCAAUAGAAAAGAAUUUGAAAAACAGUGGCAAUCACAAAUGCAGAAGUUCGACCUGAAACAUAAACAGGAACAACAGGGAUCUGGAAGACCAACACCUAAAGAGAAAGAGACAAAAACUCGAACAAAAUCUGGUCACAGAAUGUCUUCCAGUCAAGAAGACAGUAGCAAUAAAAUGGAUCAAGUGUUAGAUAAGGUUGAUCUCCUAACAAAACGCAUGACAGAUAUAGAAAAGUUGAUAUGUAACCCAUUAGCUAGACUUGAUAUUUCUCGGACAGGAAACAUGGACAGUUUAGGAAUAGAUUUCGCUAGAGCACAAAAAAUGGAUGAAGAUUAGCAUUAAUAAAGAUAUACACUGUAACAGUAGCAUUGCUUUAUGAAAAUUGCAUAUGAGUGAUAUUAAAAUGAAUUAUUAAUAAAAAUGUAACUCAUUCAAGAAAAAUUCUUUACCAACAUCGGCCUUGCUUUUAUAUGUUGAAUAUCAAUUUUAAAAGCUUUUCUAAUGCAAAAAAAAAAACUAAAAUGUACUGAAAAUGAUUCCUUUAAUCAGUUAUUCAGGACUGGUAUGCAUUUUAACACAAAGUUUUAAACAAGAUACAAUGAUUAUAUUUUAAUUUUCUUAUGUGGAUCAAAGGCCACAUUCGUUCUCAUUGCACUUGCUAGUGGUAUUGGCUUCUUUACGGUUCUAUUUGUUGCAUGUUGUUGAUAAUUAAAUGCUUUAGUAAUUUGUAAUCGUUGUAAGGUUGUAAGGCCUUAUUGCUGGAAAUUCAUUGCCAUAUAUCACUUGAUUUUAAUGAAGAAGAAAAAAUGUCUUAUCAAGGGACAGUUACUUACUCUGAUUAAAAUUCAUAUUUGUCUAUAUAAGUAUUAAAACUUGAAUGAAUUAGGAAUAGGAAAUGUUGAAAAUCAGAAUAUUUUAGAAAAUGGUUAAAAAGAUAAAUCGACGAUAGACUGAAAACGCCAUUGCAAAAAAAAAAAAAAAAAGAAAAA